AUGCCGCAACACAUAGAGGGACCUGUGAAUUUGCAUUCUCCUAAGCGCCGCCUGGCGGAGGGCGAGUUCAAUAAUAUUGAGCCCAUAGUCUUUCGACGGUCUGAGCUAUAUCACAUCACUGGCGUGGACGACAGAGUUCUCAUCACGGCGCUGGAAACCAAAACAGAUUUUUGCGCGUAUGACGUUGAUAUGAAACUCGCCGGUGCGCCUGAUGAAGACGUACCGCUGCAAAUGACUGACGCUGGUCCUAGAGCGGCGGCUCAGACUUUCACCCAUACAAUUGCUAUCGUCAUGCCAGCUUCCUUUUAUCUUCCAUUCCUGCUUGACGCGGCGGGAAAACCACCUGAUGAUCGGCUUAUCUACAACAUCAAGCCCUUAUGGGGUGAAUUUUACCGGGCUAUCGUGGUCGCAAACCGAGAAUGGCUCGAAGGGCUGAUCCACGACGUCGUCUGGGUUGCUCUUGAUUUAGGCAACUUUGAGGCUGUGAAGCGGUGUUUGGACUCGCACAGGGAGCUAGCGGAGGUGUGGGCUGUCCGAUUCGGCAAAGUGGUCUUUACCCAAGGCAUCGAACGUGUACAACCCGUUAUUGACCACUUAUGGUCGCUGGUAUCAAGCAGUCCAGUGGGGCACAUUGGGUCGCUUGCUCGAAUGCGGUCAAUUUGGACAGAUCCUUCAGUCCAACAUACGCCUAACAAGGCAAUGGAAUGGUAUGGGCGUACUCUCGACAUGCUAUUUUGCAGAUUGGAGCAGAAAGACCCGGCCUACCUGGGAACAGCUGAAGGACUGGACCUUGCAGUUGCUGUGCCAAACUUCCCUGAGUCAUUUUUUGACGCAAGGGUAGUUCCGUUUGCAACCAGAAUGGCAUCAAAGACCUCCUUCAUCAUCCCAUUCGUCACACUUCUCCACAGGGAGCACCAGGAAGGGUCUGCUAGGUUUCCAACUUUCCCUGCCGUGUACAGGAGCCUCGUCCCUGCGAUAUUACAAGAUUUCUCUCCAUUUACUUGCCGGUUUUCGAAAUACUCACAAACUUACAAACGAGACCAAUUGGUCAACCCAACUCACAUCUCGUGGUUAAUCGAACAAUCCCGCAAAAUGGGUCUCGAUAUGGCUGAAGUCCUCACUACCAUGGAAAGAAAAAUCAACGCGAUCCAGAGAGACCACGAUAUCUUUCCACUAUUCACAACUAGGCUUGUCAGGAUACUGUGCGAGAACCUUCGGGAGAAGCACCAGAGCGACUUCUCCGCAGCUGCAGGAAGCGAAGAAGGAGCGUUCGUCGUCCGUCUCGUCAAGUUCUACGUCACUCCAUCCGCCGGCCCCUGCCCUCCACUCCCACAAGACUGGCGACAGUCCCUUCCCAACGUGAAACCAGACUGCUGUCUGGACUGCGCCGAACUCCGCCGCUUCGUCGAGGACCCAAUCGAGCGCCAGAAGGAGUUUCGCAUGAUAGAGCAGCGGAGACUUCACAUUGAGACCAAGCUUUCCCAACACUUCAUAUUCUACACUAUCCGUGAUGGCACCCCGCAUACCCUUCGAAUUAUGAAGACACAAGCUGAGGCCUUGGAGCAGCGGGAUAGCUGGAUGGGGCGGGCAGCAGAGAAGCGUGUCAAGUUGGAGACUCUGAACCAGAAGGUCUUGCUUCGUGAGACUCUCGGCGAUCAUGCAUACCAGGACAUCUGUGCUUGUGUCGCCGACCCAGCCGCUGCGACAGCUUUAGACCCGGUGCAGACCGGUAGCCAGCCUCCAACGCUCUCUGGGCCUCCGCAGGUGAACAUGCAGGCACGAACCCGACUCCGGCCUCCCCUCGAAGCAACAGCGCCAGUCAUUCCCAGGAAACGAUCAUUAAUCGAUCUUGACCUUGACUCGGACGGUGCAGAGGACUUCCCUUCUACUUGCAAGCGGCGAUGA